AUGUCUGAAUCUAACACACAAGUUGUAUCAACAAGUAAAGAUGCUGAAGAAAUUGAAAUGUAUCUCAAAGAUACAGCAAAGAUUGGUGGAGAAGCUGCUCAAAAUUAUUCCAAACAAUUUGUCAAGAAAGGUGUUGAUAGCGUCACUGUUAUGCAAACUUUCGAUGAGAAUGAAUUGAAAGUGUUGAUUUUCAAGGCACUCCAUUCUGCCGAUCAACAGCAAACCAAAUCACCAGAGGCCAGAAUUGCUGAAGCAAAGGAAGAAGCUGAAAAAUUGAGAAAGGAAUUGGUUGAUGAUUGUAAGGUCAUUAACGAAAGUACCUUGAAGAGCUUAAACGAGUCUCUUGCAAAGGUUUCUACCAAUAAUUGUUGGACGUUGAAACCAAAGACUAGUGAUGUGUUGUUGACAGAACUUGAAACACUCAUCAGCAAGUUGAAUGUUGUCAAAGAGAGUUGCACUAAAGGAACUUAUGCUUCCAAUGCUGAUCUAGUUAAUUCCAUUUCUUCAUCAAGUGCUUGCAAGGCAGUUCACUUUAUUAAUGAUGAAAAGUUUGGUAAUAGAGGUGCAAGAUGUUUCCUCGACUUUAAGCAAAGUGCCAAACAAUUUGGUGAUAUUGAUUUAAAGCCAUUAGCAAGAUCACACAUUGUUGAAGCAACUUUUACCUCCUCAGGAGAGAACAGUUUAUUUGAAAAGCUUCGUGAAACAGGUGGUGGAAGUUCAGCUGCCAGUGCCAAAAUUGCUGGUUUUUAUUCAGCUGGUGCUGGUGCUGCUUCAUUAUCAAGCUCCAGCUCUACCCAACAUCAUUCAUCCAGCACAAAUUCUGAACAAGUUAUCACUAAUCGUGUUAUUAAGGAGAAGAAUGCUCUCUAUAACAUGAAUUCAUUCUCAAUGAGUCCAAGCAAGUUUGUUAUCCAUGCUGAUGCAUUGCAAGAGUUGAAAGAAAUUGAUACCAAUAACAAAGCAAAGGCCUUCCUUUCUGCAUUUGGUUCACAUGUCUUGUUGACUGAUCAUAUUACAGGUGGUAUUUUCAUUCAAACACUCGACAUUAAUUUCUCUUCAGCAGUUAACAUCAGAAAAGCUGAAGGAGCGUUUGCCAAAGCAACCGAGAAGAGUGCAGGCUUCUCUAUUGCCUCUUCUUUAAUUGGUGGAAGCGUAGGAGUGGCUACUACAUCCAAUCUUGAAAAUUCAAGCUUCUCAGAUGCUCUUAACAGUGGUGAGACCUAUAAGUGUAAUAUUUCAUACAAAACUAUUGGUCCUCAAGUAACUGAUUUGAGUACCUUCACAGUAGCCCUUGGAUCUAGCAAUAUGACUCAUUGCUUGAUUUCAAAUGGUUUCAAUCCAGAUGAUUCUGCCACUUGGGUUUAUACCCCUGUUUGGGAUGUAGCAGCACGAAAUUCAGAAAUUAUGAAGAAUUACAAAACUGUUCCAAAAUUGUUAAGAAAUGCUUGGUUGAGUUUGAUUCUUGACAAUAAGAAAGUAAAUCUUGAAAGAUUCAUGAUCUCUGCAGUUGAGAGAUGUUUGAAUGAACCAAUGCAAGAUGAUUCAAGUGAUUGGCAUUAUUCUUGGGCUAUAAAACUUGGAUUGAGAAAGAAGGACACUGUAGUUCUUGGUGAAAAGUCCACAACCUAUUCCACUUGGGAUGAAGGUGCAACUAAGGGAAUUUUAUUCCUAGAUCGUCAACAUGUUCAAGCUCCAAAGAAUUCAGUAUUACUUGGCUUCCAUCUCGAACGUUAUGGAAAUAACAUUCGUUAUCAAAUUCACUCAGCACCAUUGGGAACAGAAAUGAACAGAGCAUCAAGCAUUUCAUUUCAACAUGUCAAGGAAGAUCAUACCAGCUGGGAAGAAGGAGCUGAAAAAGAACUUGCUUUCCUAGAUCGUCAUUUGAUUAAGGCAGGUGACAAUCGUGUAUUGAUAGGAUUUGUUCUCCAAAGAAGUGGUGACAAAAUUCGUUACAUGUAUCAAACUGCUCAAGUCCAUCUCGAAGAUGAGUUGGUUCCACUCAUUGGUGAACAAACUGACUAUUCACCAUGGGAAGAGGGUUCUGAAAAGAGAGAAAUCUGCUUCUUGGACAGACACCAUGUCUGCGUUCCAAGUGGUCGUGUUUUGACUGGAUUUGGAAUUGAGAGAAAGGAUUGGCAAAUUCGUUACAAAAUCAUCAGUCGUGCCUUGUCUAAAUAG